GUUAAUUGUCACCAAAUAUACGACUAGUUGUAGCGGGAUUUACAUUUCACAACGGAAGGACAAUUAUUCCUUAUGCAGGGAAGCGAUCGACAAAGUGGAGUUGCAGCAUCCGGUCCAAGAUCGCGCUGUCAUGCCACCGUGCAUCAGGUUUGGGACGCCUUCACUCGAGGAGAGCAGCCUCACGUUCAUGCAGGAGACUUGAAGCUGGACCACAGAGCCAAGAUGAGUGUGAAGGUGAAGCAACAGUCUACCUCGAACGUCUUCCGUUGAGCGAUGUCCAUUGUGGAAGAGCGCAUCGCCGACCACAUCCCUCCAGAGGACCGAUUCCUGGCGCCCAAGAGGCACCUGAUGAAGAGGGUCGCCAACCGGUACAGAGCGAAGUUCCGACCACAGGAGCCAAAAUCCCUAGACUUUGUUGUUGACCAGGGCUACCUCCACUCCGAGGAGUUCCCCAUCGAGGACAUCAGCAUUGACAUUGAGCGACAUCUUCGAUUUGCCACCACCUUUCAGAUGAGCGUGCUCCGCCAGACUAAGACCUGGUACAUGGAGGGAACAUUUAAGGUCGUACUUGCAGCCUUCCGACUCUCUGGGCAGUUGAUGUCCAUCCACGCAUUUGUACAGCAGGACGGGCAACGGAAGCAGUUUCCAUUGCUGUUCGUUCUGAUGUCGAGGAAGAGGAAGCGGGACUACGUUGAUGCGCCACCUCGGUGUUGACGUCCUGGAUCAGUUUGUAUUGGACUUUGAGAGAGCUUCUUGGUUGGCCAUACAGGAGGUUUUUCCUGCCGUGACCGUGAAGGGCUGCCUUUUUCACUGGACGCAGGCAGUCUAGAGACAUGUUCAGGAACUUCGCCUCGUCCCCACCUAUAGACAACGCCAGCAGUCCCACGAAUACAUUCGCCAUCUACUUGCCCUCCCGUUCUUGACAUCAUUACACAUCGGGGAUACAUUCCUGGCCCUCCAUCGCCGCGCAGCAACCCCGGAACUGGUCCGACUGGUGGAGUACAUCAAGCGUCAGUGGUUAGACGACGAUGUAUUCACCCCAGCUUCUUAGACUGUCUUCCGACAGAGUGUCCGCACCAACAAUGACGUUGAAGGUACGUUAUAAAAAUGCUGUAGGACGUGCACAUGUUUGAUAAAACCAUAUAGUGCAAUGUAUAUUUAAUUUUCAUCUUUGUUUUCAUUUAGGCUGGCACCAUCGCCUCAAAGUUAAGGCGGGACAUGGGACGUCACUCUUUUACAGACUGGUUCCCGGGACUUCUGGUUAGAAAGGCAACCAUUGUUGAGACCAGCGUUGCUGCGGAGGACUUCUCAAGGGACAACGGUGUCGUUUACAGCCGGAUGGAGAAACAACUGACCGCCGCCACCGACAGCCAAAUGACGGAUGGGCUAUCUACAACAGCGUUCUUGCGGAGAUGUGCCGCGUUGUAUACGUGCCGGUUGGACGGGACAGAGGAGGAUGAGGCUAGAGACGAGUGAGAUGUGUUUUUUCUGUGAGACCAAUUCGAACAAUGUGUUUUUGUUGUUGUAUGUUGCAUUUAAUUGUGGUUCGUAUAAGUAGUGUAUUAGUGUUUUUUGUUAAUUAAGUCAUAACGUUAUACUGUGAUACAAUUUGUGAUUUUAGUGCUUUAGUUUUUUGUCAGUGAGUAAGUGGUACCAGAGUAGUGUACGUAUUGUGCAAGUAGUGCUAAAAGUUUGUUAGGUUAAGUGUUUUUGUAUAAGUGUGUAAGAAUUUUAUUACUUAGUGUUGUGUCUUACAUGAAUAUGUGUUGCUUAUAUAAAAAGGGAAAUGGAUCAAGAAAUCCAAACGAAAAUAAAAUUAAUAAUCUUCCACUUGAAAACAAAAAAUGCAGAAAAAUACAAACAAACAUAAAAAAAAAAAGUUUGGCAAAGGGUGAUAUUGCAUCAUCAAAUCCUAGUCACACCUCCUUGUGAAUCCAGCUGGAAACACUUUAUCCAAAUAUGUUUGAUAUAAAGUGGCUGACGUG